GGUGGUUAGGUUUGGUAGUAGGGAGAUAGAUAGGCAGAAAGAUCAUUAUUCGUUGUCUCUAGAGUCAAGUUCAUCUCUCUGUUGAUUCGCUUUCAUUGUAGUUGCUUCAGGAUUAUUGAUUGUAUUUAGUUUAUUUGGUAAGUAGUAAUCUGCAAGUUACUUUAGUGACAAAUUGUUUCAUAUCUAGUGUAGUAAAAGUAAUAAAAGUAAGCCUAUGAAUAGAAUAAUAGUAGUUGGAGUUAUUAAGGAAGAUGAAUUAGUUUAGGCAAAAUAAAAGCUUAGCAAAUGAAUGGGUUUAGUUUAUCACCUUAUAGAAUUGUUGUCGACCUAGUUAUAGUUAUUUACUGACGAGUUGUAUUAUAGGUAUUAGGUUAUCUACAUCAUAUCUGGAUGUGAAUGUUUUCUUCUGUCCUUACGUUUUUGUUAUUGUUUUUAAAGAUUUCCAUACUCAUAUCGUCUUGUUUUAUUCAUCUUUUAGAAGAGAUGGGUAUCCGAGGGUUGUGGACGUAUAUAGAAAGCAGCGGUGGAAACUUAUCCGUGUAUGAAUUGCAUAACCAGCUUUUAGUUAUUGAUGCUGAGAACUUUGCUACCGCCUGUUAUCGUGAAGCUGCUUUGCAAUGUGAAUUUGGUGGAGAGUAUUUGGCAUUUAAGAGUUAUGUGCAGUCAUUGUUAAAAGAGUUUAGUAUCUGUGGUGUGGAGCCAAUUUUCGUUUUCGGUGGAUGUCAUCCGAAAGAGGGAACAAAAUUGGAUACUUUGAUGAAGCGGAACAAGGAGUACUUUAAACAACUCUCAUCAGCUCUUCUGAUUGCUAAGUCAACUGGCAGCACAGAGUUGAACAUUGAUAUAGCUCCACGACUUAACAGAAAUGUUCUGGUUGAAAUUCUGCGUGAAUCUUCAAUUCGAUACAUAGCAUGUGAACGUGAAGCUGAUAUCAGUACAGCAGAACUUGCUGUUCAUCUUCAAUGUCCUGUUACCAUGGACGUCUUUUAUAUUGGAUUAGUCGACUUCUACAAAAUAUUGAUCCAUCUGAACGUUUCCAUAAAGUUAUGA